CUGUGGUGCUGUCUGUUGUCGAUUCUUUGCCUGUGGUGUAUCGUGGGUGUAUACUGGAUUGUCUUUUGAAUAAUUAUCAAUUCAUUACAAUAUAAAAUAUAUUAAUAUUAACUAAUAUCAAAUUGCCUGCUUGAUUUGAAUACUAGAACUUUUCAUAGUGAUAACAUUUGUUUACAUCAACAUUAAAAUUCUCAUUUAAUAUACUAAACAUGGAACCUACUUUUAACACUCUGUGUAAAAUUAUGCUUUUUGUUUUAAUAUUUUUGAGUUUAUUUACACAAGUUGUUUUUGGAAACUCACCAGCGCAAAAAAAAUUACAAAUUGGUAUUAAAAAAAGACCUUCGGAAUGUCCAAUCAAGAGUAAAAAGGGGGAUUUGCUUCAUAUGCAUUACACGGGUACACUGGACGAUGGAACUGAAUUUGAUAGCUCGAUACCACGCGGCAAUCCACUUACCUUCACACUUGGUUCUGGUCAGGUCAUUAAAGGUUGGGACCAGGGAUUGAUGGGGAUGUGCGAGGGUGAACAAAGAAAACUUGUCAUACCCCCAGAAUUGGGAUAUGGAGAUGCUGGAGCUCCACCUAAGAUACCAAAGUCUGCUACACUUACAUUCCAUGUAGAUCUUGUCAAAAUUGAACGGAAGGAUGAAUUAUAAUUACAAUUUUAUAAUACCAUUAAUUAUGAAAUAAAAUAUGUUUC